CAGCUUAAUCCUUUAUUUUUAGUUAAAAUUGAGUAUAAUUUUGAUGAGCAUAACUACAAAUCCAUUAAAUUAAUACGUUUCUAGUAAUAUGGAAUUCUGUGAGUGUACGAUUGCGUUACUUGGCCUGGCUCUCUUAUUGUGUUGGUAUCUGUUGAAAAGACCGAAGAAUUUUCCGCCAGGUCCUCAUGGGUUACCAUUGGUUGGUUACACUCCAUUUAUGGGCGACAACCCUGCUGAAUUAUUUCGAAAAAUGAAAAGUAAAUAUGGAUCCGUCAUGUCAGUACAAAUGGGUCGCGACGACUGGGUAGUUUUGAACGACUAUGACACUAUCAUGGAGGCUCUCGUGAAACAAAGCGAAAAGUUUUCUGGCCGUCCUAAGCUUUUCAUGCUAGAAUUAGUAACAGGGGGCCGUGGAUUGGCCAUGGUUGAUUAUGGUCCUACAUGGAAAACUCUUCGAAAGUUUGGUCUGAUGACUUUGAGAGGGUUUGGCGUUGGCAAAAAGGGGAUGGAGGAAAAUGUUAUUGAAGAAACUCGAUCUCUAACCGAAGAUUUGACAACACAGAGCAAGCGUAGUUUGAGUAUGAAAUUCACUCAAGCAGUGUCGAACAUUAUUUGCCGAGUUGCGUUUGGCUCGAGAUUUGAAUACGACGACAAAGAAUUUCUACAGUUACUUGGAAUAUUACGAAAAUACCUUGGAGAUACGACAGCAGCUAAGAUGGAUGGAUUAAUGACUAUGGCUCCUAUUCUGAGAUUUUUACCCCCAUUUAGCAGCCACUUCAAAGAGGGAUUGAAGGAUGUAGAGUUUUUCAUGGGUAUAAUAGGCAGAAUCAUUGAAGAGCAUAAAGAACAGUUUGACGAAAAUGAUAUCAGAGACUUCAUUGAUGCUUUCCUCAAAGAAAUGAAGACAAGAGAUAAAAAUGACGCCAGUUUCAACAAACUUCAACUGAUUCAAUACAUCAGAGAUUUAUUCGAAGCUGGAACGGGAACAACUAGCAGCACUUUGUGUUGGGCAAUUCUGUGCCUUGCGCAUUACCCAAAAUGUCAAGAAAAAAUUGCCGACGAAGUUGAAAAAACUUUAGGUUCGGACGGAGUACCCACUAUGAAGCAUCGAGAUGAAAUGCCUUACACAUGUGCUUUCAUACAAGAACUAAUGAGACACAGAACUUUGGCGCCAUUUAGUGUAUUCCAUAAAACAAACGAAGAAGCGACUCUCAAUGGAUAUACUAUUCCAAAAAAUACCACGAUCAGUCCAAACCUUUGGGCGGUUCAUUUUGAUUCCAAAUAUUUUUACAACCCAGAAGAAUUUUGUCCAGAGAGAUUUAUCGACGAUGGCGGAAAAUUUAUCAAAUCCAAUCACGUGAUUCCAUUCUCCGUUGGUCCUCGUCACUGUGUUGGAGAACAACUUGCAAGAAUGGAAAUUUUCAUAUUCUUGGUCGGCAUAAUUCAGCAAUUGCGGAUAGUACCGGACCCGAAGAAGCCACUCCCAGCUUUUGAUGUCGGUGCUUUCAACAGCGUUACGUAUGAGCCUCUCGAUUUUGAAGUGAUUUUUCAAAAACGUUGAAAAUGAAGAAAUAACUGUUUGAAAUGAUAAUCAAUUUUAUCCAUAUAGGAUUUGAAAUAUUUUCUUUAACCACAUUAUAAUUUCGUUUCACCUAAUUUUAAUGCUUUGAAUUCAAUGAUAUAAAUCAAUUUAUCUGAUUCUCCUCAACCUUCAAAACCCACUUCAAGAUAUCUAUAACUUUGAUAAUGUAACAAUAAAUAUGAUUAGCUUU